AUGGCGUCAAUAGCCCAACCAUGGUUGAUAUCGAAAUUCAUCGAUCCCAUCUUUGCCGUCGGCGUCGGCUUGUCUGCUGCCUACGUGCGGAUCCAGCGUGAAGAGCGAGAGAAAUACCCCGAACAAGCUGCGAGUGCUGCUGCACUUUGGCAAAAGGGUGUCAGGAUGACGAAGACAUAUUUUGGACGCGAAGAGGAGAAGUAA